AUGGGAAGCUACAUGUCGGUAAAGCUCGUCUGGAUUAAAGAAGGUAUGCCUUCACCUGAAUUAUCUUGUUCUGGUUAGUUCAAUCUGUCUCCAUACAAAUGGCCUGCAACGUGAUCGGUAUCAUUGUAUUUGGAUCAUAUUUUUUACGCAACUUCCUUUGGACUAACAUGUAUUAGGUUUGAUGCUAAGAGUGCUGAAUGCUGUGUAUGCACAUGAAUUGUAAAAUUAAGUAAAAGUUAUUUACCGGACAGUGUUAGAGAUAAGAAGUUUAAUUUACGCUGAAAGUUUAUAGUAGCUUGAAAAGGAAGUCAAUGGUAUUAAGAAAAAUUUAUUUGAGGUUAUGGCAGAUGGUGUAUUAGGAAGAUACAAAUGUUUUUGAAGUGCAGUUAAAAGAAUAAUUGAAACAAAAUGCGAAAAAGAUGACAUAAUAAGCAUAGAAAUCGGUCGAGAUUGGUUACACUUUAUUCCUGAACAAAUUAGUGGCAAGGCUUGGUUCUGCAGCCCCACCUGACUGAUAUUGUAUGAUUAGCUUACUGAAGCAGUAUAAAUUAACAAACCUAACUCAACCACUCGCUGAAUUAGCAAGGGAAAGAGAGCAUAGAAGAGCUUGAAGCACGUGCAGGUAGGCGCGAGAAGAUGGCGUGUACACACUCACCCCGCGACACAGCCGCUCGCUGGCUUAGCGGGACAAUGAGGGUGCAAUCACAACUGGAAGGCCACGGAGGGAGCCGCAUUUUAAUUCGCAGUGAAUUUUCAUUAUAAUGGAACCGACGGAGCUCCAAUCCCUACGCACAGUGCCAUUGGUAAGCCUCCUUAACCAGUCGCUGGAGUAGUAUAAUCACGAGGAUGCAAGCAGGAGCCGAAGCACCCGCAGGGAAGCGCGUGUGAACUGAUACCUGGUGUAAACGAGGAUGGCGUAUAAGCACUCCUCCCUCCGUGGCACAGUCCCUCCCUGGAUUAAAAUUGUAUGGAAGGUACAACCACGUGAUAUUUGUAAUGCCAACGAACUCGCAUCUACUAAACUUUUUGGGAGGCUGAUCGUAUGCUGUUAAUGAAGCGGGAUCGCAUAACAAAACCUUACAAAUUAGUUAAUUGUGGUAGUACCCUUAAUAUAUACUGACCUAUACUGACCUAAAUGCAUUGUAAUGCAUUGCUUAUCUUUCCUAAAGGGCUAUUUCUUUUGAAUUAUGAUUCUUUGGAUGCCUGUUUUUAAAUAGGUAUUGCACUAAAAUGCAUUAGAAUAUACUCCUAUGUGCACAAAAUAGUAGUUACCGCCGUGCUCUAAAGUACCUUUUUAUGCAGACACAUCGUCGAAAACAACCGAGGAAUCUGCAACCGAACGGACGUCAAGCCAAGGUAAUAUGAACCGCAUUCUUGUCCUUCAAAAAGUUCCUGCAUGCUCAUAUGGAUAUAAUUUUUACAGUACGAAAAUAUAAUAAGCUUUCAAUAUCAUACAUUUCAUCGCUGAUCCGUGCUUUGUGAUAAGUGGCCGGAGAAAAUUAUCCCAUUAAAAACAGAUUUCAAUCCUGAUGUGGACUGCAUGCAAGUGAGAAUUGUUUGAACGAAUUACCAUAGGUGGUUUUACGCCCCCUUAUUGACCUGCAAACACAAAUGCGUGGUUUUCUCUUAUUGAACGGGGUUUCUCAAUGUGAUACGUGCACGUGCAUUGACUCACAACAAUGGUAAAAACUACAUAAAUGGCACGAAAAAAUCCGUGUAUGCACUAAAUAUGGCUUCCAAAUUAUGUAGACAGUUCGAAAGAAGGAUGCUUUUAAAUAUGAUUUUGCACUUUCUGCUUUUAAAUCUUUACGAAAUAGGCUUUAAAUAAUUUAUAAAAGCUUUUCAGUUCAGUUCAGUUUAUUUGAGGAAAUAUAGGUGUUGAACCUCUGAACUAUCUAUUUGUUACAAGGAAGCGAACUAUAUUAUAAAGUUGAAAUGGAAACAUCAAACAACUACAGAGUGUCUUCAGAUUGGCAAAGUUUUCGAGCCAGACAGAUAAACGAAUUGUUCCAAGAGUUAAAAACAUUAAUGUUACUAAGUGUGUUGUACAGUAGUCUGUCUAUGGAUAGUUGGCGCUAUCUCAGUUUCGGAGGAAGACAAAUUAGAUGCCAACACACAUUAAACAGACAUUGGACAAUAAUAAAAAUAAACGUUACUGAAAUACAGGCAGUAAUAUAACAACAUUGACAAACUGUUCGAACGAAAUGCUAGACGUUGUCGGUCAGGUGGCAUUAUGACGUUUGGUGGUACACUGGCCCAACUUGCGCUUAAAAGCCUCGACGGAGGUGGACAUGACGACAUCUGAAGGCAGAGCAUUCCAGGUCUCGAUCACUAUGUUUGAAAAGUAGAACUUCCGAAAGUCCAGCUUGGCGCAAUUUACGCGUAGCUUAAGUGGAUGAAAUCGGAGGUUCGUUGAGGUCGCUAACUCAAAGAAAUCAGCAGGUACUAGACAGCAGUCGUGGCCGCGCAGUAUACGGAAUGUUUGUAUAAGGUCGCCUCUUAGCUGUUUGUAACUCAGUGGAAAAAGUCCGAGAUUGGACAAACGUGUUUCAUAGAUUGAUUUAUGAAAUGCGAAAUAGUAAUCUUUAUUAUGCAAAUUUCCGAGACUGAUUUCCAGCUCUUUUUCGGACUACGAGAUUAAAAAACCGGGAAAUAUAUCUCGACCCGUAAAAAUGAACAACAUUUAGCGGUGAAGAGGCGCGAACAUCGAUUACCUGGGGUCAUGAACACAGUGGAUAAGUUUACUUGGGAGAACACUCGUAUUAUUAACGCCUGCCCAAUAAGGAAAGGCCGCAAAUUUCUGGAGACGCACUCCGAUGAGUCAUACAUGAACCGGCAUGUCGAUAUAUAUGCUACGUACAAAUUUAUCAAAGAAAAAUUCGAAAUGACUUCAUCAAUCCUGAGGAGAUGACAAAUGGCAAUUAACACGCAUUUACACAGACAUGAGUAAGAGGUCCACUCUUCUAACCAAUGACCCACGAGCCCGUUGCCCUGUCGCUUUCGAUCUAGAAUAUAAAAUAGUAGGGGCACUCACCGAUCGUUCUUACGGAACUCACUUGUUCCGUUGUGCCUUACGGGCUCUCUCUCGAGCCCAACCAGCAGCCGCACAGCGGCGCAUGAUAAAGGCCGCGAGUUCGAGCCUCGGGCGUCCAAUCUUCCGGUUGGAUAUGAUUGGCUGACAACGGCUAAGAAACCAGAAAUGUCCAUUUUAGUCGCCCUUGUCUUUUUCGAUAAUAACAUACUGCCUAUAUCAUGCGCCUCUGUGCGGCUGCUGGUUAGGCUCGAGGGAGGGAGAGCCCGUAAGGCACAACGGAACAAGUGAGUCCCGUAAGAACGAUCGGUGAGCACCCCCUACUAUUAUAAAUAAGGGUGGACGGAGAUUACAGACAAGAAUGGUCACUUAUCGCCAUAAAAUAUUGGUAGCCCGAAGAACCGGUGAAUCUGUUUGCAGUCAUAAGUAACUUAAAGAAGCCCUUAAGGUCAGGCAGUUAACAUAGUCUUUGCAACAUAGGUUUCUUUCUAAAAAACGUAUGCAGUUAUGACAGGCUACUCUUUCAUGCUCAGGUCUGAUAACUUCUGUCCAGCCAAAUAUCAAACAGUCAGAUGGACUGGAAGACAAUGUAGUCACCUCGACAGGCAACUGCAUCUGGGCUGCUUCUUACCUGCCGGAACCACUUACAGUAAUGCGAUUUGCUGAUAAAAACUAUUUCUGAUUAAUUUUAAAUAUACAUUUUUACAACUUUCCCCGCAAAUAAAUACAUGUGAGAAUUAUUCUGCGAUUUCAAGCCCUUUUGACAGCAGACCAUGCAAUAUACGCAGGUGUACUCUCUCGCGGAAUGUCAACCCAAAUUCCAGAAUUUGUUAUUGAUUAGGCAAAUAAUUUCAAUAGGUUUGCGACGUAAAUUAUGGUGCACCGUAACCCCUAUUAAUAAAUUACGUUAGGAUGCCAGCUUUUACAAGGGUUUAUUUUCCAAUGCCUAAAGAACCUGCGCAGCGAAAAAGUCGCUUCUGUGAAGUAUAACUGCUUCCAAGUAUAAUUGCUUCCACGACAUAUUUUGUAUUAAAAAUGGAAAAUAUAUACUUUCUUGUAUAUUUCGGUUGCAAUUACACCUCCUGCAUACAUUUCGCUUUGGCAAAGAGCAUGCUCUGGUUUUAUGGCCAACGAUUACUGAUACUUGUUAAUUAUGUAACAUAGGUAAUGCCUUCAUAUUUUAAAUAGCAAAUAGGAACAUAAGAAUUUGACUCAAGUAAAAAUAUACAGUAUACCGAUUAGAAAUCCUGAACGCAAGAGCAGUAACAGGUAAUUUUAAAAUGGUGCGAAAGCUGAAGAUCUUUUUGAACAACAAAUGUCGCCCAUGUUCACACAGAAAUUCAAAAGUAGGUGUAAUUUACAACCAAACGUUUACAGACUUGAUUUUGAAUGUUUUUUGUUAGAGGAAUUUGAGUUAAUUAGGACACCAAAACCAGUGGAUAAAAUACAUAUUAUUUAGGCAAUCAUAUUUGUAAAAUGAAGUUUUUGCAGGUAAAGUAACCCAGUUUAUUCAAAAGCUGACAUCCUUUCGUAGCUAUAAUAUAUGAGGAUUAUGUUGCACAAUAUCAUAAAUCUACUCAAGCAAUGUUUACUUUUUGGGGACGCAUUUUGUAAUCUCGGUGUACAUUUUAAGGGAUAACACAUGGACUGCUAGUACUUGUCUCCGACGUCUUGGCUUAGUAUGUUGUUGCUCGCCUAUACAUAAAAGAUAGAUUGAAUAUUGGAUUUGUCAAGCAAUGUAUCUACAGACAUUUUAUGCAGCCUUAAUUGUUCUUCUGAUUUAUGAAUGUUCCCAUAUAUUUUCUAAUCGAAAAGACAUUUUUCGCUUAGAAUAUAGCUGUUGAUGAGUUGCCCUACAAUUGCUACCGUGGACUGUGCAAAGCUCCCGGAGACAGAUAUAAUGAAGUCGAAUACACACAAGAAAGAGGUAUUUGGGAGUUUUAUAUAUAUAUAUAUAUAUAUAUAUAUAUAUAUAUAUCUGUACGCAAUAUGCAAAUAUUAAACAAUAAUUUUGUUUAUGUUACCCCCAGUGCUUGUUUGGAACCUUGCUGAAAGCGCUUUUCUUAACAGCCCCGACCCCGCAGCUGCAUUUAUCGGUUAUCCGGCUUACAUUUUCCCAAAAUCUAAAAACGCAGUGAGCGAAACCAAACAUCUAUGUAUCAGUGCAAACUAGAUUCAUCUUCCAAAGAAGGAAUUGAGAUUUGUUAGUCACGUUAAGGUGAGUAAAACUAAUCUCAAUGCAAGAUACGCUGUUGAAUAAGCCGUCGCAAACGAAUAAAAGUCACUAUCGCCAAACUACUUAGUUUCGUACCAUACCAUUGUCGUUCACUUUGUCAAAUCGGAAUGUUUGAACAUGGAGAAUAGAGCUGACUACUUAAGAAGCAGAAGAGAACAGCGCUUCGGGCAGAGAAAAAUGACUCUUUUUAAUGUGAACAUGGCCGAGCCAAGCAUCAAGCGGUUGUCGGAUGUAAAACGGCAGAAGGCGAUAGGUGCAAGUCGGACAUCUUCUGUGGCAAGCGUCACGGGAAGUGCGUGCACAUGCAAGGGUCACCGUCGUUGUCUUCUCUCCUCUGCAUAAAGUUGACAAUUAUCUAUGUUGAAACGGACCCCUGUUUGCCACAUGCAGUUUGUAUACGUCCCUUAAACGAUAUUCGACAAUUACGUGCAGUAAGGGUUCCGCUGAGGCGAGUACUUACUCAGCUGGUUUCAUCGUGGAUCUUAAUAAUGACAAUUGCCGGAUUAGGGGCUUAGGAGGUGUAGCAUUCACUGUGGAGCAGAAAAAAGGUGGCUUUAGAAUCAAACGUGGUGAAACCUUUAAACGAAGGCAGCAACAACAACGAACAUAGGAAGCCCCAAUAAGACCCACACAUUCUUCUGGACCAUCAGCCGAGAUCUGCAUAACUGACUACCAGUGGUGAGGUAAAAUCACGAAAAAACUAAGGACACGUCGUUACGCAGGCAGAGUUUAAUCAUUGCAGAGUAGUCUACAUGUUGCUUCUGCUGAAUCACUGGCAUCAACAUGUAAUUUUCUUUACCAAAAUCUACUCUCGGAUUCUACAUCACAACAAAAAACACUCAGACUUCCUCCGAACCCUUAAGGGCAACUGUUUAACCAAGCACUCGUCAGAUCGUGCGUGUUUUGGCGACGAUGGAGCGAAAAUGCAGUUACUUGAUCAACCUUCACCUUUACAUUGUAUAUAAGGCUGCAACUGCAAUCACAAAAACGGUCGCAAGGAAAGAAAACACCAAUGAUCCAACUUCGGACUUGGCUAGGCACAUUCCGACCUCUCCAAAAAUAUGAACUUGAUCCUUAGCUACGCGUGGGCAUUGGGAAUAAAAGAUGUCGAAUAAAGUUGACAGAGAGUGUGGAAAUCCGCUACGUCCCUCCUGUUUAAUUAACCGAUCCUGCGAAAUGAAAACUCUCCGGCUGAUUUAAUGACAAAAUUAUGAAUUUUGACCGUUGCUAUCCAAAGGAAAGCUAUUAACUAGGUCCUGCAUUCUCAAAAAUGCAAUGUAAAAGUUAUCGAAGUUCUCCUAAUGCCUCAGCUAACUACCACAGGUGCUGAAGCACAAAUGGUAUCAGAGUCGGCAGGCACUCAGCACGAACGGAUAAAAGUGACCGUGUAAACUAAGAUAACCUUUUUAAAUGUGUCCCGGUUAUAUCACUUACAAUGUGCGAUUAAAAAAUCGGCAUAGAUUUGUUGACUUGACUAAUGAAAGGCGUCAGGAUUUCCGAAUGGUUGUUGGUCACUCGCAAAACGUACAAAUUCUAGGGUAACAAUUGUAAAUGUUUUUCGUUAAGAAAAUCUGCAAUCCAUGAAUAAACAAAUAGCAAAUUAUAGCCAACUUAACUAACGAGAGGUGAUCAGUAGUUGCUCGCAAGCUGGCAUGAAUUAAUAAAAACGAUACUCAUUUUAAUAAAAAACCAAUUUAAGCAAAUUGGAAACGUAAAAUAAUUACACGAUUGUCGAUGGGAUCUUCCGUUUUUGUGAUUGUCUGGAGGUACUUCAUGAAAGCGCUUCUUUACUUCAUAUUAGAAAAUUCCCUCAAACCCUCGGCAUCGUUGUCGAAACAAGUGAACUUUGCAAUAAAGACAUUAACAAAUAUGCUUAGAUCGACUGGGGAACGUAGAUGAUAAACUAUCUUUUUGGGCUGCAGCCGACUGACGGUUAUCCGAGUAGUCUGGAAUUUUAAGCGAUGAAGCCAGAAAAAGGCGUGACACCUGUGGAUGUUUCCUUCACGUUGAUGCAAAUUACUGAGAACUCUUCUAUCGCCAAAUGAAAAACGUUUGUUUCCCUUUAUAAUGUAGACAUUUUCUGUGUCGAUAAUUAAUCUGAGGCUUCGUUUUGCCUAAAGCACUGUUUUUUUUCGUUCCUUUUCGUAAUUGUGUGUAAGCAGGAAAUAGACUGCAAAAGGAGUUACCUUAUAUAUGUUAAGAACUGAGCAUCACUAUUCGGUGAUAGUUAAUCUGAUGUCAAACUAUGAGUGUUUUCAGUUUAGCUAUUCAAUCGUUGCGAUGACUGUGUGCUUUAUUUCUGUCUGCUGGGACCCGAAACCACAGAAAGUUGCUAAUCGAGCAUCAAGAGAUUCUGAAGAUUAGCUCUUGGCAAAAAGUCCAUUUGCAUGAGCGGUAGGCCCUAGCAAACAAAACGUUUAAGGGCAAAUUACUCUUCUUUCUAAGAAAAUCGCGCUCAGAUUCACAAACAAAGUCUAGGACGGGUGUUGAAAAUAGGAAAGGUCUCCGAUACAUUGCACUGUCCAAAUUCUCCCAGAUUUCUAAUCCCGUUGCUAAAUACAAUUGCGUAAACGCAUUUCCUGAUAAGUGGGCAUUUCCUAGAAGGGCUGAGGAAAGUGUACAAAAUACGUAGCGUUUAAGCUGUCUGAAAUUCCCCGAUCACUUCCUGUUCUCAAUCUUCUGUUAGUUCACGUGCUGUGCUUACGGCGAUGGGCGUUGGAUCCCGCAGAUAUUUGUCACCGCUGUGAGAUGCAUGUACUGCACCUUAAUGAAAUACCACACAGAAUCUAUAGUUGUAGUGGCUUUUAACUAAAAUUCAUAUGUAGACCAUGAAAUAUCCUGCUUUGAAUUAAGUAUGGAAUUUUAUUUUUCAACUCGAUUCCCGGAGGAACAUGCAUCUUAACUGCGGACAGUGUCCAAAAGUUGGUGGUGCCAUCCAACAAGUCCGAAAAAGCUACAAAGAUCAAUUGUUAGCUGAUAU